GGUGCACUGGUGCACUAGUACACUGGUACACUGGUACCACCAACCAAAACGCGGCAAUGCGACAAAAAACAACAUCCAAGGAUCGAUACCACGAUACUGUAUCCACAUUAGAUUUGAAGAACACAUGAAAACAUCAUAACCUCAUAACAACAUAACCUCACAACAUCAUCAGCUUAUUUGCAACAGCAAAGUCACAAUGAACCCAACCAAAGAGCUUCCCUUCGUUGUUGGCGCUGGACUCGGCAGAACCGGUACACACUCGCUUCAAGCAGCUUUGAUGACCCUUGGCUACAACAAACCUUUUCACAUGCAUGAGAUUCUGGAUGGAGUUGUGGAUGCGGAUCCAUGGUUUGAGCUGGCGGCAAAUGAACGAGCCACAGGAAUGAAGAACAAAACACUGGCUCUGAAGACUGCUCAAAAUGUGAUUGAUCUUGGAUACACGGCCACCACAGACUAUCCAUGUUGUUUGCUGUAUCCUGAAUUUUUGGAGCUCACCAAUGGCAAGGUCAUUUUGUCGGUCCGGUCCAAGCCAAGUGACUGGAAGAAUUCAGUCCUUGAUACUAUUGGUAUCAUUACUCUUUCAUUCUUCAAGCCACCAUUUUCAUUUAGUCCAUUCUUUUCCCAGUUUGCUGGUGUUCUUGACCCUUGGCUGUGGGAACGCACUGGAGUUGCCAAUCUAGGACAGAUUGAUGUCCCCAAGGACUCUUUGCUUGAUUACCAAAAUGGUAUUGAGACUGCCUACACACAAUGGAUUGAGACUGCCAAGAAGCAAGUUCCACCCGGACAACUCCUUAUUCAUCAUGCAAAGGAAGGGUACCCUCCAAUCUGCAAGUUCCUUGGGAUUGCGGAGCAGGACUGCCCAAAAGAAGACUACCCCCAUAUUGGUGACACACAAGAAAUGAAGCAGUUGAUUCGAACAUUUGAGGUUGUGACAGAAGUCUUUUGGCCAGUUGUAGCCUUGCUAGGCCUGCUGCUGGUGCUAGUGAUUCGGCGUGUGAUGCGUAGGAACGGAAAGGGAAUGUUCAGCAAGACCGCAGAAAAGGUGGACUGAGCCCACCCUUGACUGAAUCUCGGCCGUGGAUCUAUCCCACAAACCCUCAGCAUAUAUUUUCACUUCGCUUGACUUCCGUUCUGUAAUUUGUUCUCUCUAAUAAGCAAUGUCACGUCCGAGACUCGAUUCCCGAGAUGGAGACCACUAAGUUUCCCACACACUUACUAAUUCUUCUGGUAGCGUUCCAUUGGAUUGAUCUUAGGUAGGUAGUACUGGUAUGACGUCUCUCCCUUCCCGCAGGCAUCGAGCGGAUCGCUCAGCGAUUGUAUUGUACGGGUGUUGCCACUAUGCAUUGCACGGCUAUCGGUUACGGUUGCUUAUCCUCCUUCAGACGAAAGAGGCACCCACCCACGUAUCUUGCAUUCCAGCCAAGCUGGGUACCGGUAGCUUAGUUGCUGCAGCUAGUAGCUAGCUCUAGCUAGCUAGGAGUAAGCUUGCCCACAGCCUGGUCACUAAAAAAUACCCCGACCCACCCUCACAAGCAAGUUCACACAAACUACAGUCAUGCACUCCCAUGAGAUUCUUCAGGCUGCCUCGCUGGCUAACCGCCCGGCAACUAUGCAUGACACUAAAUCCCGGCGACAGUGCCCUUUCUACAGCUCUUUCUACCAACAUUGCCCUUUUUCUACAUUGCCAGUUCGCCAGUACGGUACUGUAGCCUUCGCAAGAAACGACGCAAGAUGGACAGCCUACAGCAACCCCAUCAAUUGGCGGAGGGGGGGCGUAAUGCAAAUUUUCAACAACAUGUUUGUGUACUGUAGUCUGAACAACUAACUACAGUCAGGUAACAAGAGACUUUGAUUUAUUAUUUGAAGAAUCCAAUCGAAUCUGAUAGAGGUGUGGUUACUUUUUA